AUGUCAAAUAAAUCAGACAAGAAAGAUAAUAGUAACACCAAUUAGUCUCAGCCCUCAGCUGCUCCUACAGUGAAAAACGUUAGAAUGAGGGAAGAUACUAUUCCAGUAAUUGUUGUCAAUGGAGUCUACUACCCAUCACAAAAAUUAAGGUUCAAGUUGAAUGAUCCUUAGCUUAGCUUUUAAAGUUUCAGUGAGAAGUCAUUCGGUAUUGUUAGCAAAAAAAGCGACACUGAUGACUCCUAUUACAUGAUGGGUACAUUAGUAAAAGUUAUAGACCAAGAGACUUUUCUGACUAACUUAUUUGCAAGAAAUUACGUGGAGUUUCUGGUCGAGGGACUUUCUAGAUUCAAGAUAUAGAAGGUACUUUCGUCACAACCCUCUCAACUGCUUCUCACUUGCGACGUCAUCAUCUACGAAGAAGAAAAUUCUGAAAUGGACCUUGCAAUGAGAGACAAUGAUAAGACCAAGUUAUUGAAGUAAAAAGCAAUUGAAUUAUGCGAGUUACCAAGAACUGGCCUCUCAUCAACACUUAAUGCUAAAAAGAAAGCUAUGGAGAUAAGAUACAUCAUGUCCCCGUCAAGGCUAUCAUUCAUGUCCUGCUCUCUUCUUAACAACCAAACAAGGAUGAUGAAAUAAAGUUUGCUUGAGACCGAUGAGCUUGAUAAGAGAAUGCAAAAAGUCAUUGAUUUACUAACUUAGGAGAUAGAUGAAAUUAAGAAGUCUAAUUCAGAGUUUGAGAAGUAGAACACAGGAAUCGUUCUACCUAGAUAACCUCCCAAGAAUUUUCAAUUCAAUAAUGAUUUCAUGAGAGGUGGUGGAAAGGAUGGAAAUGAUGAAAUCUAGAAUCUUGUGAAGAAGUUUGAAUAGUUAAAACUACCAGAAGAAGCUAAGAAAAUAGUAGAUUAGGAGUUGAGCAAAGUACAAAGACUUAGCCCGUCCAAUUAGGAAUAUCACGUGAGCAUCAAUUAUCUGCAAACAAUCUCAGAUUUGCCUUGGAGCAUAUCAGAUCCAGAGUAGAAUAAUCCAGAUCAUGCAAAAGAUAUUCUAGAGAGAGAUCAUUUUGGCUUGGAUGCAGUAAAAAAACGUAUUAUCCAAUUCCUAGCUGUGAGAAAACUCAGAAGUAACAAUCAAGGUACCAUCCUUUGUUUCUUUGGCCCACCAGGAGUAGGUAAAACUUCACUCGGGAAAUCAAUAGCUGAGGCCCUAGGGAGAAAAUUCUACAGAAUUGCUUUAGGUGGUGUUAGAGAUGAGGCUGAGAUUAGAGGCCACAGAAGAACCUAUGUGGGUGCCUUACCAGGAGUGAUUAUUUAAAGCUUAAAGAAGAUCAAGACAAAUAACCCAGUAUUCUUGCUGGACGAAAUAGACAAAUUGGGGAGAGACUAAAGAGGAGAUCCUUCAAGUGCCAUGCUUGAAGUACUUGACCCCAAUCAAAACGAUAAAUUCACUGAUCAUUUCUUGGGCACACCAUUUGAUCUCUCUAAUGUUGUGUUUAUAGCAACUGCUAACUCUCUUGAUACUAUUCACCCAGCUUUGCUUGAUAGAAUGGAGAUCAUAGAUAUUACUGGUUAUUCUAUUUAGGAGAAAAUGGAAAUAUCAAAGCGAUAUUUGAUUCCAAAGCAAAUCAAAGAAAAUGGUAUUACAGAAAAGAUAAUUGAGUUCAAAGAAAAGGAGAUUGAAAAGAUUAUAACAUCAUUCACAAUGGAAAGCGGAAGAGCAAUAGGAUCAGUUUGUAGAUAAAUUGCAUACUAGUAUGCAGUUUCAAAGUCACCAGAAACUUUCUAGAAAGUUAUGGUUACAGACGAAGUUAUCAAAGAAGCUCUAGGCAAUGAAAAGUAUGAUUUUAACAUGGAGGAAAGAAUUACAAGACCUGGUAUUGCUAUUGUACGUAUUUCAUUCGAUAUAUAACAUUAAUAGGGACUAGCUUACACAGAAGUUGGAGGGCGUGCCUUGUUAAUUGAGACAACGAAGUACCCAGGCACUGGCUAGCUGAACUUAACUGGUAAACUUGGAGAUGUAAUGAAGGAGUCUGUGAACACAGCUUUGAGUUGGAUUAAGACAAACGCUGGAAGAGUAGGUGUCUAUAAGUCCUUGAAAAAGUUGAGUGUUGAUGUUGCAGAUGACCCUCAUCAGUAGGUCAAGGAUGAUAGAAAUGCUGAAUCCAUCUUUAAGCAGUUUGACUUGCAUGUGCAUUUCCCUGCAGCUGCAGUACCAAAAGACGGUCCAAGUGCUGGUGUUACAAUCACCACUGCUCUUGUGUCAUUGCUCACGAACAGAAGAGUCAAGAGUGAUUUUGCAAUGACUGGAGAAAUAUCGCUUCAAGGUUUAGUACUUCCAGUUGGUGGCAUCAAGGAGAAGUGCAUAGCUGCUCAUAGAAAUGGGGUCAAGAAUGUAAUAUUACCACUGAAGAACAAAAAAGAUGUUGAUGAGAUACCUAAAGAUGUUAGACAAUAGUUAAAAAUACAUUUUGCUUCGAGAGUUGAGGAGGUACUAGAGUUGGCUUUAGAGAAAUCAAUAGAUUAAAAGUUUCUCAAAGAGGAAACAUAAUCUAUUUUCAAUAAUAAGCCAAAGCUCUGA